GCCACAGCCUCUUACUUAAAGGGCAGCACACACCCAGAGGAAGAGAGGGAGAACGAGAGCAAGAGAACUGCACUGUCCUAAUGGACACAUCACUGAGACGCUUCAUUAUCCAGGGAGCGGAUACACUGAGCCCUAUGGGGAGUUCUAAUGGGCCGAUUCAAUUUCAGCUGGAUGACGCCACUUAGCCAAGGCAUUAAGAGCUCCAGCUCCGGGAAGGCGAACGACAGAGGGAGCGAACAGGGGGGUCGAAGCGACCGAGCUUGUACCAAGGAGCAGCAAACCCCUCCCCUCUCACCCAUUCACAAGACGAGCGCGGCGGAGAGCUGCAUUCACAAAUCGCCAGCGAGCAACCCCAGCCCCCGCUCUGCCCAGAGCCACCCCCCAUACACACGCACCCAGCACCUACCUGACUAGCCCCCGCAGCACCUCACCUCGCCUUGCCCAGCUCACGCUGGCUCCCCGCACCGCCCAGCAGGCUGCAGAGAGAGGACGGGCCGGGUUUGGGCAGGAAACCUGGGCGUCCAGGCUGCUCACUGUAGAGCGGGAUCUCAAUAGCCCUUAGCCGCGCAUACAUAGACCCCGAGCUCCGGUCAGCCCAGGGAGAGGCGGCAGGAGCGGGACUUGCCCUGGCUCUGAGGAGGACCGAGCAGUUUUCAUUCAGACUUUCUCCAGCGAGAGGCGGCCCAGGAGCGUGCGGGGCUCUGGCCCCAGAUAGGAAGGUGCCGUUAACAGCAUGGACCUGCACUGGCCUCGAGGAUUUUCCGAUGUGCCCUGAUGCUGCAAGCCCUUGUUGCUCUCAUCCAGAGUGGCUGAACUCAACAGUGACAAGACAAUGGAUCUGCCUGCUGAGGACUUCCAACAAAUCCUCUCCAUUGACCAGAUACGCUCCAUCCGUGCCAGCAAUGACUAUGUGGAGAGACCUGCCAUCUCCUUCAAGCAAGCUCGGUCCAACCCAUCCCUCUCACAGCAGGCCCACAAGCAAGAGUGGUCUCAGGACUGCCUGGUGUCUUCCACCUUCCAGGACCUGCACCGCAGCCACAGCCAACACCACCAGAUGUCAGCCUUGCAGCAGCACCUGAGUCAUUCCAGCACUGCCAGCUCUGUGUCUCACAGCACCACUGCCUCGGACCAGCGGCUGCUGAGCGGGGUCACACCCUCACAUUCUGGGCACUCCCUCAUCCGGACGCAGCCCAGAGCGGGUGACCUGAAGCCCGAGGAACCGCUGAAAGGUAUGGUGGAGAAGGCCACUCUCCACUCUGGACACCUCUUCAUCUGUGAGGAGUGUGGGCGUUGUAAGUGUGCCCGCUGCACAGCCACCCGCAGCUUGCCCUCCUGCUGGGUCUGCAACCAGCGCUGCCUCUGCUCUCCAGAGAGUCUCAUCGACUAUGGGACUUGCCUGUGCUGCAUCAAGGGUCUCUUCUACCACUGCUCCACUGAUGAUGAGGACACCUGUGCCGAUGACCCCUGCUCCUGCAGCUCGGGGUCCUGCUGCGCCCGCUGGGCUGCUAUGAGCUUCCUCUCUCUCCUCAUGCCCUGCCUCUGCUGCUACUUCCCUACACUGGGGUGCCUCAAACUUUGCCAGCGGGGCUAUGACAGUCUGAAACGUCCUGGCUGCCGCUGCCAGAACCACACCAACACAGUCUGCAGGAAGAUCUCCUCCUCCAGUGGCACUCCUUUCCCUAAGACUCUGGAUAAGCCGGUAUGACCUUCCUGGGGAGCAGAAUUGGCUAUUCUUCUUCUCCUUCACCUCCCUCUGCUGCACACCCCCUUUGGGCACAAAGCAAACAGAUGAACAAUCCGCCAGCCACCAAGCCCCACAAAGGGAGUGUGAAGCAUGUUCUUGAGACAAAGGAAUCAUGCUUCUGUGCCCAAGCCCAACAUGAUGGGUUUUGCACAUUUUGGCAAAGGACCAGGACAGAGGGAAUCAGAGGCUGACAAUGCACUCGUGAUCAACAGGGGGCUUUCAACAUGGGACCUGGCUCAGGACUCUGUGACCUCAAAAUGCCUUAGGAGCUGUUUUUCUGUGGUGGGUUUCAAAAGGGUGACAUGUCCAAGCACUAGAAGCCUCUGGGGACCGGACUACAGAAACCAUUUUCUCUCUGCAGCUUUCCUAAGUGGCACCUCCCACAGGCUUUCCUUCAGUUUCCUAUGCUGUUGUGCUAUAGGCCAGUCUCUGCAAAGGGAGAUGGGCCACUGCAAUGUACCAACCAAUGGCAACACCUUACUCCCCUCCCCUUAGCAGAGCAAGAGAUAAAGCUCUUGAUAAUUUCAAGGUAAAAAGGAAAAUAAAUGAGCCCAAAUAUCAAGUUUUUAGGGGCUCACUGGUCAGUGGAAAUAGGACAUGGAUAGAUUAAGGAUCACGCUGGCAUGGAAAGGGUAUGAAAGGGUGAUGUGGACAGAAAGGAGUCCCACUCCCACUUUGGUACAUCAGUGGGUCUUCAGCAAGAGGAAUUCACUGUAGUAAUUGGUAUUUCAAAGUAGAUUUGGCUAAGAGCAUGAAGCAGGUUAAAUCCCAGGUUGAGGGUCAGGGGGACUGGAUACUCUGAGGGAGUGGUAAAGGUCUGCUUGCAGAGCCUUACAGUUUAUAAAGUAUCACUGUGACUCUAGCUCAGGUUGGUGGUGACUGACAGGUAACACCACCUGUUUAGUGGUGAGUUGGUAGUUUCAGUCUGUCCAUUGGUGGUAAACCUCUACUACACUGAUCCUGUUGGCAGGCUCAGUGUAGAGGCCAAGAACUGGGUGGGCCAUGGAGCCAGGCCUUCCUUCUUAACUCUGGAUGUCAGAGAGAGGUAUAUGAGUAGGGCAAUGUGCAGGAAGCUUGCCCUUCUGCCCUGCCUUGUAGAUCAACAGAGUCCUUCAGUCUCUGGGGCUUUCAAUCUGGUACCUUUCACCAGCACUGAAUUCACUUUAAUAAAAGAAAAGAAAAACUGAACCUUAAAAAAAAAUGAAGAACCCCAACUUCUCUCCUUGUGCUGAUGCUGUAAAAAUGAUCAUGUCCUUGCCUGGGCCUGAAAAUGGUGCUUAGCUGAGGCUCCAGCUUUGGGCUGGUGGGGAAAGGGAGAUUGGUGUGUUAGAAAGCAGAACAGGAUGGGUAAUGCAUGAAGCCAGCUUUCCCUCCUCAGCCAAAGCACCUCAGCAUCCUCACUUAUCGCCACAUAUUAUAGAAAAAGCUACACAAAAGCAGAUUGGCUGCAUAGGUAUGCGUCCUAUAGGCAAACCUGACAUUGACACAGGUGUUCUGAGACAGGAGACAUCUUCUGAAAACUAGAGAUGGGUCUGAACCAAAUCCACAGGUCUGGAAAUCUUCAGACUAUGGGGAGGUAUGGAUAUGGGUGAUGGUUCAUGGUCAACACCUAUAAUAAGCCAAACCAAAUCCCUGUAUCUGAAUGUUCCUGGUCCUUGAGGAAGUUCAGAUCCAGACUGCAAUCCGAAAUUUCCGGCUCACUCAUCUCUGCUGUAAAAACAUGGUGCCAAACUCUCAGUUACAACCUCAAUGACUUCAGAAACUUGGCCUGUGGAAUGAAAGCCAGGUUGACCCUUCAGUGCUAUAUAUCCCACCAUCACAUCCAUCCUCAGAGGCAGACGUGUCUGUGUCUGUGCCUGUGUCUGUGUCUAACUGAAGAGAAAAAGGCAUAAUAACCUUCCUGUUCCAUUGGAGUAAAGGUUCAGGAGGGCUACAGGACAUGCGAGAGCUGGAGAAAUACCUGCAACAAAACCCUCAACUAUCCCAAAUCUUCCUCCAAGGCACUCCAACGUUUAGGGUACAGACGUCGCACACACCUAUCCACUGACUACUCCUCUUCCUUUAGAAUUACUUUGAUAUAUUUUUGUAUAUAUAAGUAUAAUGUUACGAUGGCUAGGACUAUUAUAAUAAUAUUCAUGAUAUUGCUGUGACUGGUGCCAUGUGCAAGGUUUGGCUUCCUGGUAAAUUUACAAACUCCAAAGGAAUAUUUCACCUCUGUUGUGCUAAUCCUAGAUCUUGGUUUAUAGGUAAUCUGGGGUAUUUUACAGGCUCUCCUAACAGGGCUCUGUACUGAGUGGGCUGAUGAAUGGGAAGGGUAGGUAUAGAAGACAAGAGAAGUCAAGAGUUCUAUUCCUAGAUGGAAAUUUGCUCCCUGCUGCAUUGUACCAUUGGUGGGGGUCCUCCAUUUCAGCUAAGUCCAGAACCAUGUUGUGGGAGUUUGCUUGUCCCAUUGGAAGCUGGGAAGCGCAUUUAUAUAAGCUGUGGCAUUCAUAUGAUACACACACGCUGUAACUCACUUAUAGUGAAAUUCAACUUACGGCAAAGUAGGAGGAGAGCCAUGAAUUGUUUUAAUGCUUCAGAAUGUGCAAUUCCAAGGAUAGCAAAGCUAUUCAGAGUGCUCUGUGAAAAACACCAGGUCUUCCCUGUGAGAAUUCUACUAGAGGGGUGGGGGUGUGUGUGGGGGUGUGUGUGUGUGUGUAGAUGAUCAGUCCACAUCUCUGUUCCAUAAAUGAUAUAAUGUAUUGCAAACAUAUUUAUAUAUGUGACAAUAAUUAGUCUGAUUUAUAAUUCCAAUUUCUGCUGUCAGAUAAAGAGUAAUAGACACAGAGACAUGUAUAUUGGAGGGACUUCGAUAACAAGACACACUGUACUUCUUUCUUCGCUAGCACCAUUCACUUUUUACCAGAGUUAGUCAAACAUUUUCUGUCAUAAGAAUUUUUUUAAUGGAACAUGACUUCUUCCACAAAAUGAAAAUUUUUAUGUAAAAUGCCCCUUUUCAUGGAAAAAUGUUUUUAUAUUAUUUUAAUAAGAACCCAAAAUAUUUAGAAAAGGUUUAUUUAAUGAAAAAUCAGUGUAACUUUUCAUGGGGGAAAAACAAACAAGCCCCCAUCCUCCCACCUUCUGAUCAGCUUUGCUUUUCAUAUUUUCCUUUAAAGGGGUGGGCAUGUCCAUUCAGUCAAUGCCUUUCUUCCUUCACAGUCCAUCUUUUCCUCUCACUUGUUCGUGGAAUGACUUGAUAACAGCUUCUUGAAUGUUUCCAUGGAGAGGAAUCAUGAUGUCAUGAAAACACAAUGGUGAACUCCUCAGAGUGCUGGAGAACUUGCCUGGUGAGGGGAAGGGCCUGAUCUUCCAGUCCCUGAGAAGGCAACAUGCCUAUGGAGUACGAGUCUAUGGGCAUUAUGUUUCUAUUAUGCGACCACAGAUACCUCUAAUAAUUGUCAGAAGAUUACUAGCAGGUCAUGGUGACUUCUGUUUACAUGUUCUUUCUUCUGUGCCAGUGUGAAAGUUCCCACUCUGAGAGCACAUUGUGCCAUAUCAUGGGUGUUAUGGAUUGGGAAAUCUGGCCUAUUUUGUAAUAUUUUAGAAAUAUUUUGCAAUUUAUCAAUUUUUUAGCAAUACAUUCUGUAAAAUAUGGAACACUUGAGUGGAAACCAGAGAUGGGACCGAGUCACAAAACAUCAGAUCCAAAGCUGUUCAGUACCAGGGCUUUGGUUGGGCCAUUCUUGGUGUCAGUUGUGAAAUUCAGAACCAGGUUCAGAAUCUGAGUGUACCCCCUUCAAAGUUCAGAUUUAUUUGGAUCCAGGGGCUUAGUUGGGACUUAUCUCUAUUGAAAACUAUCAAUUUCCUCUUCCAGGCGUGGGGCAGCAGGAGAG